CCGGGCACUAUAAAUCCAAGGUCAAAAACAUAAAGAGAAAACAAGCUAUAUGGCCAGUAGAAUAAGUGUAUACACAGCACCAAGUGCCACACAUUUCAGAAAGGGCGAAGACCGCGUUGAUGAAAAGUCAGGAGUGAAGAAAGUUAGUGAGAAGGAGUAUAAGACUGCGGACUAUCCACAAUGGCUUCCCACUUGGGACCCAAAUGAGAAGUACGACUCCUAUCCUGAAGACUUGAAUAGGGCCUUCAUUGAUCGUGGUCAUUUGGCCGACUCGCAAUUGAGAAACUUAUUCCCACUGGAGAAAGCAGACGAGGUGAAAGUGAAGAAAUUGAGUCCAAAACUGGGGAGUGAAGUUCGAGGUAUCCAGUUAUCUGAGUUAGAUGACGCUGCUAAGAACGAUUUGGCGUUAUUUGUUGCACAGCGUGGUGUCGUAAUAUUCAGAGACCAGGAUUUGAAAGACAAGGGACUUGAGUUCAACCGACAAUUCGGUGCUUACUUCGGACCUUUACAUAUACAUCCAUCUUCCGGAGCUCCAGAGGGCUAUUCCCAGUUCCACAUUGUUUACCGUAGAAAGGAUCCCAAUGAGUACAAGAACACUUUCAAAGAUCGACUCACGGUGAAAGGAUGGCACAGCGACGUUACCUAUGAGAGAUAUCCACCUGGAACGACAUUCUUUACAAUGCUUCAAGGUCCCGAGACUGGAGGCGAUACCAUAUUUAGCGACACUGUUGAAGCGUACAAGAGGUUAUCACCAACUUUCCAAAAGGUCAUUUCCGGAUUGAAGGCGGUUCAUUCGUCAGAGUUACAAGCACAAGCUUCAAGACGUGAUGGAGGAAUCGAGAGAAGACCACCUUCAACAGUCUUGCACCCAUUGGUUCGUGUGCACCCUGUUACAAAGGAAAAGGCGCUUUUCGUUCCAGGGUUUAUUGAAAGAAUUGAUGGGUUCAAGCAAGAGGAAUCUGACGCCAUUCUGAAACUCCUGUUUGACCAUGUCAACAAUUCACACGAUCUGCAAAUCAGAGCUAGUUAUGAACCUGGAACUGUUGCUAUUUGGGAUAACAGACGUGUGUUGCACGAUGCGACUAUGGAUUGGGACUCAGGUUCCAUCCGUCAUUGUUACCGGAUAACACCAAUGGCCGAAAGACCUGUUGAGAAUGUGGACGAACUCGAAGAGUGGAAUCGCUGAGAGUCAUCUCAAGCUUUGUGUACUGUCAGAUGGGCGAAAAGUAUCAAUUUAUCGUUGACCAUUUAUGUGCAGUAAUUUGUAGGUAUAAUUAGAUCACCAAACAACGCACGCGAACACGAAAGCAGCUGACUUUAUCAGAUUUCAUCUCUUUAGAGAAGUUGUAGACGGAAUGGGAGAAGGCUAAACGUGUUGAGAUAUUACAUUCGUG